GCACAUAAUUACUGAAUCCUUGACGCGUCGUCCUUUUGCACCGGAAAGACGCUCCAGCUCUGAGAGGGUGUGUGGAGUUUCGGAAUUUCUUUGAAAGAUAUAUCCCGGAGGGGACUUCUAUAUUUUAUCACCAAACAGCAGGCUCCUGGAAUGGCUAAAGCAAGAGAGAAAGACGCUGAAGCUGCCCUGGACGCCAAAAUCCGCCGAAUCCAGGAGGAGAACCGACUUCGUGAACAACGGAAACAGGAGGUGGAGGCGGACCGGCAGCAGGCACGUGCCUCCGGCAGUGACGAGGCGCGCGUCUCAAAGUGUGUCCGCUACCGGCGCAGCCCCUCGCCCCAACAGGAGCAGCCCGAGGCUGGCCGGCGCGGCGGACGCGACCGCGUCGGAGCCGGCUUCCUGCGCGACCGGGCGCGCGACUGUCCCGAGCGAGGCGGCGGGCCCGCGGCGGGAGGUCGCGGGGAGCGGGACAGGCGUCAGCAGAACGUCCAGCAGCAGCAACAGCAGCGCAAGGAGGACGCCGCCUGGCGGCUGGAGCGGCAGCAGAUUGACCAGCGCCGCGUGGAACGCUCCAAAGCCAGCGACGGCGGCUGGCGGCGCGAAUGGGAUAGAGAGAAGCAAGCGAAUGCGCUCAGGGAGGAGCCGAAGUCACGCCGCGGUGGUGGCGGCGGGGACGGUCGGGCCCAGCGGCAGCGGUCGCCGCCCGGGGCGGUUACCGGCGGUGCGCUGCACCGGCCGCCGGCCGCCGAGAGACCGCCGGCAGGCGCCGCAGCGGGCGGCCAGCGGGACUCCAGGAGUGAGUGUUACUCGGUCGACAUGAAGGGCAGGGAUUUGGUGUUCACGUAUUCGUGUUCCUACAUCAGCUGAGGCGGCGGUGCUGCGGGACGGGUUGCCGGGUCCGCGCAUGGUUGGUGAUGUCCCCGCCUUGCCGACGCGGCUGGGGCUGUGGGACUGCGGGUGGUGACCGCGGUGCAGGUAGCAUGCGUUUGGUUCUCCCGUGGUUGUGGGCGCGGCGAAAUCACGGGACAUGUUUUUUUACCUCACAUAUUGUGACAUUCGUUCUAAGGUGGUGGAAAGUCCAGAGUCUAUCACUCACCAAUUUUCUUUGUCGCAAAAUCUGUACAUAACAAUGAUCUGAUAUCUGCCCGAUCCGAGCAUCAUCAUUAGCGUAGUGUAAAUAUGUUUGUCAUAUUUGCGUGGACCAAGUAGUAGCUGUCACGACAUACCUCACUGUGACUCGCCCCAGCGAGUGAACUCGGGUAUAUUGUGCGGGUAUUUAUUUCCCUUGGAGUAAUAUUGUCAUGCUUUCUUUAACAACAUUUUGGAAAUAUGCUCGGUAUUAGAAUUAAUGGAAGGAUGCUUGUGCAAUGAUCACUACCCUUUUUGGUUCAUCUGACAAGCCGUGCCCCCGUUCAGAACUCUCGUUUGUAAACCGCUUCUUCGUUGUGGAAGCCGGAAGGCUCUUCGUAAUCACACCACGACUGAAAUGAAUGUUAGGUGAUUGAUAUUAGCAUUUUAUUUCGGGUGAUUUUAUUUCCAUUCGUGACCAAGCAAGCGGGUGGCGCUUUUCGUCCGUAUUAAUGCGCUAUUUGUCAUUUUUAUUGUGUCCUAAAUGUUUGACGAUGUGGCAGGUGGGCUUCACUUUGGCCUCAAUCAUCCUAAAAUUUUACUUCAGCUGUUUGAAAUUGAUCCUUCAGUAGUUUUGAUUGGGACUUGCUAUUUUUUAUUGAACCUCAAAAAUUUGAACGUGGAAUGCGCGUUUAAAUAACCGUCCAGUUUCAAGGAAUGCUCUAAAAUGUUUUGUUUUCGCCCUUUUAUUUGUCUUUAUUUUGUUUAAGUUUGCUUUCAGUGUACUUUUGAUUUGUGAAUGUGUUUGGUGUGCGAUGAAUGUACUCGUAAGCGCCUAACCUGUGAUGUAUAAUCGAGCUGAUCAACCUUAUGCAAAUACAGCCAAAGCACAGC